AUGAAGAUCGAAGAAGUGAAAAGCACAGCAAAAACUCAAAGAAUCUCCGCCCAUACGCACAUCAAAGGUUUAGGCCUUGACGAAAAUGGUACAGCUAUUCAAAUGGCAGCCGGUCUCGUGGGUCAAGAAAUGGCACGAGAGGCUGCUGGUAUCGUCGUUGAUAUGAUAAAAUCAAAGAAGAUGGCAGGCCGUGCGGUAUUAUUAGCGGGGCCACCAGGUACUGGAAAAACUGCAAUCGCUCUUGCAAUUGCUCAAGAGUUAGGUAACAAGGUACCUUUUUGCCCAAUGGUGGGUUCUGAAGUUUAUAGCUCGGAAAUUAAAAAAACAGAAGUUCUAAUGGAAAAUUUCAGAAGAGCUAUAGGUCUAAGAAUCAAAGAAACAAAAGAAGUUUAUGAGGGUGAAGUUACAGAAUUGUCACCUGUAGAAACGGAAAACCCAAUGGGUGGAUAUGGAAAAACAGUGUCGCAUGUUGUAAUUGGAUUAAAGACUGCAAAAGGCACUAAACAAUUAAAAUUAGAUCCCCUGAUAUACGAAUCUCUACAAAAGGAAAAAGUUGAGACAGGAGAUGUAAUUUAUAUUGAAGCAAAUAGUGGAGCAGUGAAAAGACAAGGCAGAAGUGAUAACUUCGCGACAGAGUUUGACUUAGAAGCGGAAGAAUACGUUCCUUUACCAAAAGGUGAUGUGCACAAAAAAAAGGAAGUAAUACAAGAUGUAACAUUACAUGACUUAGAUGUUGCAAAUGCUAAACCACAAGGAGGACAAGAUAUAAUGUCAAUGAUGGGUCAACUUAUGAAACCAAAGAAAACCGAAAUCACAGAUAAAUUGAGGAAGGAAAUCAAUAAAGUUGUCAACAAGUAUAUUGAUCAAGGUAUUGCCGAGUUAGUGCCUGGAGUUCUAUUCAUAGACGAAGUUCACAUGCUUGAUAUUGAGACAUUUACAUAUCUUCAUAGAGCCCUAGAAAGUGCUAUUGCCCCUAUUGUUAUUUUUGCUACAAAUCGAGGACGCUGUAUAAUUAGGGGUACAGAAGAUAUUAUUUCACCCCAUGGAAUACCUUUAGAUCUUUUGGACAGACUACUGAUUAUAAGAACACUACCAUACUCUAGAUCCGAGACUGAACAAAUAGUAAAGCUAAGAGCAACUACGGAAGGACUACAAAUUGAAGACGAAGCUCUUACCACUCUUGGAGAAUUGGGCACUAAAACCACAUUAAGAUAUGUAGUACAACUUCUGACUCCUGCUGCUUUAACAGCAAAAAUCAACGGGAGGACACAAAUUAAAAAGGAAGAUGUUGAAGAAGUUGGAUCGCUUUUCCUUGAUGCGAAGUCUUCAGCUAAAAUUCUUACACAACACAAAGACAAGUAUAUGAAGUAAACGAUAAACAGUCAAGAGUUUAUUACUGUUCUAAUUAAAAUAAAGCUUGUUUGUAUCAAGUAUCAUGCAUUAUGCAUUCCAUUGUGGCUCAUGGGCAAAUUACAUUCUGUUUGAAUAUACUUUGCAACAAGCUCUCAAUAUUUUUUAAUGAUCAGAAUUUACUCAGUUUAAUAAGAAACUGCUUUACCAAGCCGUUAUUGUAAAAAAAGUCAACAAACCAUAUAAAAUAACAUUAAGUGACUUAGAUAAUACUUUAUUCCUACAAUAAACAAAAAUGGUCUUUAAA